AUGGAGCGCGAGCCCACGUUCAUGGAGAACGUGCUGCGCACCAAGCCGCUGAGCGUCAUCCACGCGGAGGAGACGGCCGAGCAGCUCCCGCGCCACCUCGGCCUCUUCGACCUUCUGUGCAUCGGUGUGGGAAGCACGGUGGGCAGCGGUAUCUUCUCCACGGCAGGCGAGAUCAUCAGCAGCACGGCGGGCCCGGCGGCGUUCAUCAGCUGGAUCAUCGCCGGAGUCGUGUGCUGCAUCAACGCGCUCGCGUUCAUGGAGCUGGUGACGCGGAUCCCGUCGUCCGGAAGCACCUACGCCUACUCGUUCCACGCGCUCGGUGAGCUGCCGGCUGUGAUCGCGGCGUGGCUGCUGACGCUCGAGUACGGUAUCUCUGGAUCCGGUGUGGCUCGCAGCUGGGCCACCAAGGUGCAGGAGUGGCUCGUGGAGGAGCACCCGGAGCACACGUACCAGUGGCUCAACGAGGACUACACGAACCUGCUCGGUGCCGUGCUGAUGGCUGCCUGUGUGGGAGUUCUCCUCGUGGGGCUGCGCUUCGGCAAGUGGUUCGUUAACACCAUCACGACCAUCAAGGUGGUCGUCGUGCUCUUCAUCAUUGCUGCUGGCUUCUACUUCACGGACUCGAGCAACUUGUCCCCGUUCGUGCCGCCGCGCCAGGACGUGGAUGGCACGAUGGCGUUCGGCGUGCAGGGAAUCAUCACGGGCGCGUCGUCCGCUUUCUUCGGAUAUGCCGGCUUCGAUGAAGUGUGUUGUCUGGCUGCUGAGGCCAGGAACCCGAAGAAGAUUAUGCCGCUCGCUGUCAUCGGCGUGGUCACCGGCACCAUGUUCUUGUCGGCCUUUGCGUCGUUGGCGCUGUCAGGCAUGAUCCCGUACCUGGAAGCCGCUAGCUUCGGGUCUGGCUUUGACUACCAGGGCCAGAACUGGGCUGCGCAGAUCGUGCGUGCCGGUGAGACCUGCACGAUGCCCGUUGUGGUGCUCGUGUGCUUCCUCGCGCAGCCGCGUCUUAACUACGCGCUGUCGUGCGAUGGUUUGAUGCCUCGCAUCUUCUCUAAGGUCGAUGAACACGGCAACCUGUUCGCCAACACGCUCAUCUCGGGCGCGUUCUUCACGGCGGUGGCCUUCGUUGUGCCGUUCGACACACUCUGGGAUAUCGUGAGCUUCGGAAUGCUGCUCUCGUUCAACAUGUCGAUGGCUUCGCUGCUCAUGGUGCGUAUGCGCGAGGAAUCUCCCAAGCUGGCGCCCAGGCUCAUCGGUGUCAUGGUGGGCUCAGCAUGCUUAGCUGCCUUCCUGUACCAGAUCGGCUACUCGAACGAGGGUCACACUUGGUGUCUCGUUCUGAGCAUCAUCUUCCUGGUGUUUUCGAUCGCCUCGUGCUUCGUGAUGCACUUUAAGUGCCCGCAGGUUGUGCAGAAUGGCGACAAUUUCACAGCACCAUUUGUGCCGUUCCUCCCCACCGUUGCGGUGCUAGCUAACUUCUAUCUGGCCGCUCAACUCAGCUACACAGGCAUCUACACAAGCUUCGGGUGGCUGGGCGCUAGUGUUAUCUUCUACUUCUGUUACGGCUAUAAGCACUCCGCUGGUCGGACCGGCUGGAGUGCGCUCAUGAGCCUGCCGCUCGAGUCUUCACUGCGUUCGCCCAUGAUCUCGCCCGACAAGAAGCAGCUCCAGGACUAG